UGUUCUUUCAUAGUUUCAUUCAUGAAGUUCGAUCUCGAGAAUCCAUUAACGGCCUUCGAUGGACACGACGACAACAACGACGUUUCAGCUCUCUUCGCCGCCGAGUCCGAUCACAUGCCGUCCUUCAAAUCUACCGACGUUCACUCUUCCAUUCGCAAUCACUGCUUCACUCUCAUUUCUCAAGCGCAGUUUUCUUAUGAUAUCGAUCGAUUUACUGCAUAUCUAGCUGUCAAUUACAUCGAUCGGUUCCUAACCAAGCAAGUUGUUCUGGAGAAUAAGCCAUGGAUUGUACGGAUUCUCGUAGCUGCUAGCCUUUCACUUGCUGCGAAAAUGAGGAACAUCAACAACUUAUCGAUCUCUCAUAUCAUAAUUCCAAUAUCCAAUAAUUCAUCGAUGAAUCAAUCUGAACAGAGAGACGAUGAAGGCUUAAUUUUCGAUUUGCAAUCAGUUCAUCGAAUGGAGAAUUUGAUUCUCACAACGCUCAAUUGGCGGUUACGUUCCAUCACGCCUUUUGCGUUUCUGCAAUUUUUCAAUUCGUUGUUUGAACUCAGUAAUGACCAGUCACCGAGUCAAUCUCUCGAAAAUCGAGCUUCAGAUAUCAUCUUCAGCUCUCAUUACGAAAUUAAGCUUCUUGAGUACAAACCAUCAGUAUUAGCGGCAUCGGCGUUUCUGUGUGCAGCUCACGAAUUGAUUCCCCAACAAGUUCCAUUUUUCUUAGAUGCAAUUAACUCUAAAUGCGGACACAUUUAUAAAGAGGAAGUUUUGAAUUGUUGGAGUGUAAUGCGGGAAAUUUCUGUCGAUGAAGUUGUUUCUUUUAGCUCGUUGACACCAAACAGUGUGCUUGACCAAGAACGUACAAGUGAGAAUGCAGAUAUGAACAAUAGCAAGAAGCGAAGAUUGAACGAUUUUCGGAAUAAUCAAACGUUUUAUAUCUCUCAGGUUCAACACUACUAA